AUGGCCGAUCAGGGCAAGCUUUUACCCGCUCAAGCAUCUUACAAGAUCGGGGAGGUGCUCACCCUCCACCGUGACCCUAAGUGGGAUGCAGAUGGCCAUCUCAACCUCAGACUGCGGGUCGUACAGCUACACCAGCCAUGGACUCUCUCCUGUGCUAGCGAAAUGCUCCGCAUGUAUCAUUCAGAAGUUGCUGUCUACCAGAGACUACAUAAUGUCCAGGGCAAGCUGGUGCCACAGCUAAUCACAUCUGGCUUCCUGGAUGGUAGUUUUAUGACUGAGGUCAACAACCAGGAUCAAACAUCGUUUCAGAUCAAGGGAAUCCUACUACAGUAUAUCGAAGGCUUUACCCUCACAAAUCUCAUCUCUCAGGCGCCACAAAGUAGCUGGCAAAAUAUUAUCAACCAAGCCAUUCGGAUCACCCACAUCUUAGGAGAUGAAGAGAUCCUCAAUGCCGACAGCCGGCUGCGACAGGGGGACGAGUCGGAUUUCGACUGGGGGCGUGCGAAGUGGCAGCAGGAUGAGGAGGGUGCGGUCGGCUUGGUUAUGCGGCACCGGCUACGAAAGCUUGGGGCGACGGAUACAGACCCUAGGACCCCCAUCUUUCCCUCAUCUGGCGUAUCGCGAUACUUCGGCGACGCCAUGUGUUCCAUCGAUCUCGCGGGCGGCACCGCUAAGCGUCAAUGCUCGACUCUCUCCCCGGAGGAGGUGCCAGUGGAACCGUGGUCGCUUGAAUUAACUUACUACCGAGAAUUCAUCAACGGAAUGGCGGAGGUGAUCAAGACUGCUGCAAUCCGCAACGAAGAAGCCUUUGACACUUUAGAGGAAAAUGCCGCUUUGAUUCUUGGGACGAUCCAAGCACGAAAGAAACAAGAUGGUACGAUGCGUUCACUACCAUCUACAAUACAAUCGUUGUUGAAGGAGAUCGUGAUUGGGUCAGCAAGUGUCAAAGCGGAAGUUGUUUCUAGUGAUGAGAAGGAAAGUGGCCUACGAAAUCUUUUGAAUUUUGGCCACUCUAUCGGCCAUGCAAUCGAAGCAAUCCUUGCCCCUCAGCUUCUCCACGGCGAGGCUGUGGCGAUAGGAAUGGUCAAGGAGGCAGAGUUGGCCCGGCACCUCGGCAUGUUGAGUCCCGGCGCCGUCGCAAGACUUACCAAAUGCAUUGCUAGUUAUGGUCUUCCGACCUCUCUCGACAACAAGCGUGUGAUAGAUCUAACAGCAGGAAAACCCUGCCCAGUUGACAUUCUUCUAGAGAAGAUGGCCGUUGAUAAGAAGAAUGAAGGCCGAAGCAAAAAGAUCGUUCUUCUUUCGGCUAUUGGAAAAACCUUUGAGCAGAAAGCAACAGCAGUUGAUGACUCGGCGAUCCGUGUCGUGCUUUCCCCAGCAGUACGUGUGAAGCCUGGCAUAUUGAAAGACUCCAAUGUCGUUGUCACUCCUCCGGGAUCAAAGAGUAUCUCGAAUCGUGCUUUAAUCCUCGCCGCGCUGGCGCAAGGCUCUUGCCGCGUCAAGAACCUACUUCACUCAGAUGAUACGGAAUAUAUGUUAGCGGCUAUUGCUAGUCUUGGAGGGGCUUCUUACACCUGGGAAGAUGGCGGUGAGGUUCUUGUUGUCCGUGGUAACGGCGGUAACCUCCAUGCCAGCCCCAACCCUCUUUACCUUGGAAAUGCCGGAACUGCCUCGAGGUUCCUCACCACCGUCGUCACCAUGUGUAAACCGUCAGAUACUGCCUUUUCCACCACUCUCACUGGCAAUGAAAGAAUGAAGGCUCUGCGUCACGUCGAUAUGGAGCCGAUGACGGACGCCUUUCUCACUGCAUCUGUUUUAGCGGCUGUAGCGACCGGCACAACCCAGAUCACAGGGAUCGCAAACCAAAGAGUCAAAGAGUGCAAUCGUAUUCUUGCUAUGAAGCACCAGCUUGCCAAAUUUGGUGUCACUGCACGAGAGCUCGAUGAUGGAAUUGAAGUCGACGGCCAUGACUUUGUUGAUAUGGAUGAGGAGAUUGAGCGUCGUUCCAACGCCACUAUACCUGAGAUUAUCAAUGGGACAAGUGGUUGGGAAGGCUUUAGGGCAACCGAACUGCACGUUUUGAAAGAUCUCAUGAACCACAAAGGCCGUGAUUUGGUCGUUUCUUGUGGGGGUGGCGUGGUUGAGACCGCUGAGGCUCGGUCGCUUCUUGUCUCGUUUUAUAAGCAUGGCGGUCAUGUCCUCUGGGUUCAUCGUCGCCUUGAGGAUAUCGUAGCGUAUCUAUCUUUGGACAAAUCACGCCCCGCAUAUACGGAAAACAUACCGGGAGUCUUCUACCGUCGAAGGCCGUGGUACGAAGAGUGCAGCAAUCUUCAAUACUUCAUUCCCAACCUUCAGAACAAUAGUGUCACAAUUCAAGUUCCGCAAGACUUUGAAAAGUACAUCACAAGAAUUGGGCAGAGUACACACCAUCUCAGCCACAUCAUACACAAGCCACAGAGCUUUUUCGUCUCGCUCACUAUGGGCGAUGUGGAAGCCGCUCUUGAUAUUAUCCCCACGGUUGUUGUGGGAGCUGACGCUGUUGAGCUUCGAGUAGACUUGCUCAGAGAACAAUCAGUGGAGUUCGUCGAGAGACAGGUGGCGCUUCUUCGUGCCACUGCCAAUAUUCCCAUCGUAUUCACGGUUAGGACUGUUUCUCAGGGAGGACGAUUCCCGGACACUGCGCAGCUGCAGAUGAAGGAAUUAUACCUGUCGGCAAUCCGAAUGGCGGUUGAAUACAUUGACGUCGAAAUUACUCUGCCCACGGAGAUCAUUGAACAUGUGGUCGCUACCAAAGCGCAUUCUCGGAUCAUUGCUUCGCACCACGACCCUAAAGGGCAUCUUUCGUGGCGAAACGCUGCCUGGGUGCAAUUUUACAACAAGGCUUUGCAAUACGGCGAUAUUAUCAAGCUUAUAGGUUCGGCAACCGGAAUGGAGGACAACUUUGAGCUAGCCAGAUUCGUGAAAAGGAUAGCUUCCGGUCAUCAGACGCCAAUAAUCGCCCUAAAUAUGGGACAGCAUGGCAAGUUGAGUCGUGUUCUCAAUCGCUUUAUGACGCCGGUUUCCCACCCCGCCCUGGACUCUAAAGCAGCCCCUGGUCAGAUGUCAGCCGCCGAAAUCCGCCAAUCACUCUCCCUGUUAGGGGCAUUGAGCAACGUCAAUUCUAUCUCUUUGGCUCUCCGAUAUCUGCAGACGGAAGACUAUACAGAUCUUAAGACUCUCAUAGCGUCCGAUAGCUUUGGAGGUGCUUCCGUGACUAUUCCCCUCAAACUGGAUGUUCUUGAGUUGGUGGAUGAGGUAACUGAGGCUGCCCGAGUGAUAGGCGCAGUGAACACUCUCAUUCCCAUUCGAGAUGAAGAUACCACUCGUCGCUCAAUCCGAGGUGAUAACACUGAUUGGAUGGGCAUUGUCCAUACUCUAAAGGCGACCAGGCUGCAAUUCCAAUCACCGGGCGACCCCCAGGACUCUGUCGGCAUGGUUGUUGGGUCCGGAGGGACUUCGCGUGCUGCCAUAUUCGCACUGAAUUCCCUCGGGAUUUCCCCAUCUACGUUGUGGCUCGAAAUUCGCACCGCUUUCAAGAACUCGCUUCAUCGUUCGGUGGAGAGUUCGAAUUACGACAUCUGGUGA